UUAUUAGGAUUAGGAUGUAUAGGAUGUAUAAGAAGAGUCCUGACUAAACCCUAUACACUAGACUAGAGUGAGUCUGCAAGCUGCUCGGAGAUGGAUGUUGGUGUUGUCCUGCAAGCUGCUCUGAGUCCAAACCAGGAUGAACGGAAGGCUGCUGAGCAACGCUUGGAACAAAUCCAAUACGCCCCUCAGCAUCUUCUCAAGCUCUUACAAAUCAUCGUCGAGGCCAACUCUGACAUCGCCCUCCGACAAGUAGCCGCCAUUCAUUUCAAAAACUUCAUCGCUAAGAACUGGUCUUCUUCUCACCAUCACCAGAUCUCUCUCCCUGAUAAAGACCUUGUCAGGAACCACACUCUCCUCUUUCUUCCUCAACUUCCUCCUUUGCUCAGGGUGCAAAUUGGCGAGUGUCUCAAAACAAUUAUACACUCUGACUAUCCUGACCACUGGCCUCAUCUCCUUCACUGGAUCAACCAUAAUUUACAGGAUGAUCAACACCUCUUCGCUGCUUUGUUUCUGCUGCGAAUCCUUUCUAGUAAAUAUGAGUUCAAGUCAGACGAGGAGAGGACGCCCGUCACUCACAUUGUUGAGGAGACAUUUCCUCACCUUCUCAACAUAUUGACCAGGCUUGUCCACAUUGCUAAUCCAUCACUUGAAGUAGCAGACUUCAUCAAGCUUAUCUGUAAAAUAUUCUGGUCCUCCAUAUAUCUGGAGAUUCCAAAGCUUUUGUUUGAUCAAAAUGUAUUCAAUGCUUGGAUGGUGCUGUUUUUAAAUUUAUUGGAGAGGCCUGUUCCCUUGGAAGGUCAGCCUGUUGAUCCUGAUCUUCGAAAAUCAUGGGGUUGGUGGAAGGUCAAAAAAUGGACAGUUCACAUUCUAAAUAGGCUCUACACUCGAUUUGGUGACUUGAAGCUACAAAACCCUGAAAACAGAGCGUUUGCUCAAAUGUUUCAAAAGCAUUAUGCAGGGAAGAUUUUGGAUUGCCACUUAAAUCUGUUGAAUGCCAUUCGAGUUGGUGGGUAUUUACCUGACAGAGUCCUCAACCUGGUUCUUCAAUAUCUGAGCAACAGUAUUUCAAAGAAUAGCAUGUACACUGUGCUGCAACCUCGGCUUGAUGUUCUUCUUUUUGAAAUAGUUUUCCCUCUCAUGUGCUUCAAUGAUAAUGAUCAAAAGCUUUGGGAUGAAGAUCCACAUGAAUAUGUAAGGAAAGGCUAUGACAUUAUUGAAGACUUGUAUAGUCCUAGGACUGCCUCCAUGGAUUUUGUUAGUGAGUUGGUUCGAAAACGUGGGAAAGAUAAUCUUCACAAGUUUAUUCAAUUCAUAGUUGAAAUUUUAAAAAGGUACAAUGAAGCGCCAUCAGAAUACAAGCCUUACAGACAGAAAGACGGUGCUCUUCUUGCUAUUGGGGCACUUUGUGAUAGAUUGAAGCAAAAUGAGCCUUACAAAUCUGAACUUGAGCGUAUGUUAGUGCAACAUGUCUUUCCUGAGUUCAGCAGUCCUGUUGGCCAUCUUAGGGCCAAGGCAGCAUGGGUAGCAGGACAAUAUGCCCACAUUAGCUUUGCAGAUCAGAACAAUUUCCGGAAGGCAUUGCAGUGUGUUGUAUGUGGAAUGCGAGAUCCUGAACUUCCUGUCCGCAUUGAUUCCGUUUUUGCUUUACGUUCUUUCGUUGAGGCUUGCAAAGAUUUGGAUGAAAUUCGUCCUAUUCUUCCUCAACUCCUUGAUGAAUUUUUCAAACUUAUGGAUGAGAUUGAGAAUGAAGACCUUGUAUAUACUUUGGAGACUAUUGUGGACAAGUUUGGGGAAGAAAUGGCACCUUAUGCUUUGGGGCUGUGCCAAAGUUUGGCAGCUGCAUUUUGGAGGUGUAUGAACACUGCCGAAGCUGAUGAUGAAGAUGAUGAUCCAGGUGCUCUGGCUGCAGUUGGUUGUUUGCGUGCUAUUAGCACAAUACUUGAAUCAGUGAGCAGUCUUCCUCAACUUUUUGUUCAAAUUGAGCCAACUUUGCUUCCCAUAAUGCGUAGAAUGUUAACUACCGACGGUGAAGAGGUUUUUGAAGAAGUUUUAGAGAUUGCAUCAUAUAUCACCUUUUUCUCUCCAUCAAUAUCAUUGGACAUGUGGAGUCUUUGGCCAUUGAUGAUGGAAGCGCUGGCAGAUUGGGCAAUUGAUUUCUUUCCUAAUAUUCUGGUUCCUUUGGAUAAUUAUAUUUCAAGGGGAACAGCCCAUUUCCUUACUUGCAAAGAACCUAACUAUCAACAUAGUUUGUGGAAUAUGAUUUCAUCUAUUAUGGCGGACAAAAAUAUACAGGACAGUGAUACUGUGUCAGCUCCGAAGCUUAUCGAAGCUGUCUUCCUAAACUGCAGAGGGCAGGUGGAUCAUUGGGUUGAGCCAUAUCUCAGGAUUACAAUCGAACGCUUGAAUCGAACUGAAAAAUCUAACUUGAAAUGUCUUCUCAUGCAAGUGGUUGCAGAUGCUCUAUACUACAAUGCAGCACUGACUCUCAGCAUAUUGCAAAGAUUAGGUGUAGCAUCAGAAAUCUUCAAUCUUUGGUUUCAUAUGCUGCAAGAAGUCAAAAAGAGUGGCGUGCAUGCUCAUUUUAAGAGGGAACAUAACAAAAAAAUUUGCUGCCUUGGCUUAACAUCGUUACUGGCACUUCCAGCUGAUCAAUUGCCAGGAGAGGCUUUAGGUCGGGUGUUCCGUGCCACUCUUAAUCUUCUGGUUGCAUACAAGGAUCAAGUUGCAGAAGCUGCAAAAGCGGAAGAAGAGGAAGAAGCUGAAAAUGAUGAUAUGGAUGGUUUUCAAACUGAUGAUGAAGAUGAGGAUGGCACUGAUUCUGACAAGGAAAUUGGAAUUGAUAUUGAGGAUGGGGAAGAAGCUGACAGUACUAAGCUUACAAAGUUGGCUGAACAGGCAAGGUCCUUCAUGCCCGACGAUGAGGAUGAUGAUGACUUCAGUGAUGAUGAAGAGUUUGAGUCCCCAGUUGAUGAGGUGGAUCCUUUUAUUUUCUUUGUGGAUACAAUGAAAGUAAUGCAAUCGUUAGACCCACUGAGGUUUCAGAACCUCACCCAGACACUAGAGUUCUCUUAUCAAGCUCUUGCAAAUGGUGUUGCCCAGCAUGCUGAGCUGAGAAGAGCAGAGAUUGAAAAGGAAAAAUUAGAGAAGUCAUCAUCAGCUACCACAGAUUCUUAAGCUUUUGGAUGUAUAUUCUUCAUUCUAGUUUUGCUGUUGUGCUUUCAAGAUUGUCUUUACACCCAUUCUGGUAAGAGAAGCAGUGUGCUGCGUAUUUAUUUGAGGCAUUUAUUGGCUGACUGAUCCUAGCUGAUCUAUGACAUUUGAAGAUUCUGCAGUUUUGAAAUGCUGAGUUUAGUGCGCUGAAGUUACCAUCAACUUAAGGGGUGUUCGAUUCAGGGAUCCCUUUGAAGUUGGAUGAAAGUGCCCAUUCCCUUCCUUUCCCCGUUUUUGGUGGUCCUCCCUUCAAGUGUCCAUGUUAUGGUUGAGUUGUCGGUUUCAUUGUUUCCAACAUAUGGUAACUCCUGUCUGUUCUUGGAUUAGGGCAGCAAUGUCCUCAUUUAUGAGUUCUAUGUCUUUUCUCUCCUAUCACAUAGACGGGUAAAGUCAAGUCGCCAAUGGUAUUGGUAAUUUUUGUCGAGGGUCAGUCAGUAUUGAAAAUUCACUGUAUUUUUAGCCUUUUCUGGUCAUAAUUUUUUUGGGUUGAGAGUAUAAUCCCUGUAUUGAUCAAGGGAUGAGUUUUGGGUUAUGAAAAGCUUUUCAAUUCUGACGUUGUAACAAUAAUAUAUGCAUUCUUUAUAGGCUUAAAUACUCUAAGGGUCCCUGAAAUUGUGCCCCGUACGAAAAUAAGUCCCUGAAAAUUUUUUUUCCGA